CCAAUUCACAAUGUCAGUAUCUUCCUACGAUACUGCUCGUGGCAAUGAGCUUCUGCCAUUACGGGGCUCUCACCAGCCAACAAUGGGUGAAAUGUUCGCCUCCAGGGUUCGAGAUUCCCGAUCAAUCACUGCUGAUCAGGCAUUGAUCCAUAUGAUAAAAGUGAUGAUGGGUACUGGAAUGUUAUCACUACCACUCGCGUUCAAGCAUUCUGGAAUUUGGCUCGGGCUCAUUCUUUUGUGCUUCAUUUGUUUGAUUUGCAUCUAUUGUACCAGGCAGUUGAUUUUUGGACAACAUUAUAUUACUUUUAUAAAACGAGAGCAACGAAUGGACUACGCCAAUGUAAUGCGUUCCGCCGUAGAACUGGGUCCCGCCUGGAUUCGCGGACACGGUUACCUCUUCAAACAAAUGGUUAAUAUAAACAUGUUCGUGGCUCAAUUCGGCUUUUGCUGUGUAUAUUUCGUGUUUAUGGCGGAUAAUUUGAAGCAAUUCUUCGAUCAAACUUCAAGUAUUCAUAUAUCUCAAGCCGGAUGGAUUGCUCUUUUGCUCAUUCCUAUUAGUGCUUUGUGCACAAUUCGGGAGCUCAAGGCACUUGCUCCAUUGGCUGCUGUAGCUAAUUUUGUGUAUAUUAUUGCAGUGGUUAUUGUUUUGGCAGACCUUUUCUCUGACUGGCAACCACUGGACUCCCUUCCAGCCUUUGGAGCUGUUGAAAACCUUCCAUUAUUUUUUGGAACAGUUAUGUUUGCAUUUGAAGGAGUCGCUGUAGUACUUCCAAUUGAAAAUCAAAUGAAUGAACCAAUUCACUUUAUUACCCCAAAUGGAGUACUUAAUACUUCCUGUAUUUUAGUACUUUUGGUCUAUAUGACUGUUGGAUUCUUUGGAUUUUUGAGAUAUGGAAAUGAUAUUAAGGAUACGUUGACACUUAAUCUUCCACAGACUCCAUUCUACCAAGCCAUCAAAGUUAUGUUCGUUCUUUGCAUUUUGGUGUCCUACCCACUUCAAUUUUAUGUUCCGAUGGAAAGAGUUGAAAAAUGGAUCAAGCGGAAGGUGGUAGAAGCCAAGCAGGAGCCAAUGAUCUACGCUAUUCGAUUUGGAGGAGUUUUACUGACAUGCGCAAUGGCUCAAUUAAUCCCCCACCUUGCCCUAUUCAUCUCCUUAGUCGGAAGUGUCGCUGGAACAUCCCUAACCCUCGUCUUUCCACCACUCAUUGAGCUUCUAUGCUCUUAUUCGAAACAAGAACUCACAAAAUGGGUUUGGAUAAGGAAUAUUGGAUUGAUGGCAUUUGCAAUGGUUGGAUUCACAACUGGAACUUAUGCCAGUAUGGUUCAGAUUAUUGAGGCUUUUGGAAAAGAAGAUAUCUAGAAGAAAAUGGAGAAAAUCGAGAUUUCGUAGUUAUAAUUUGAUGAUUUUUUGAUGACUUUUUUUAGUUUUUGAGUUUUUUUUUGAAUUUUCAUGCAAGUAUAUUUGAAAAAAUAAAAGUUUUUGAUC